AUGGUGGCAGUGCUGUGGGUACAGGUUUUCAGCAACGCCUCUGUAGCACACAACAAGCGGCACCAAAAUACCCCCUAUGAUGCAGAAUACAGUAAAAUAAAUGAGACUGACGAAACAAUCGGUUUCCGAGGAGCCCGUCUGUCCCUUGAUAUAUUUCCGCCGCUGUUACGUUCUUCGCUGAUUGAACGAUUCGUCAACAUCGUUCGGAUUCCGAAGAUCAUGAAAUUCACAUCAGCAGCAUUCCUCUUGGGUACCCUGCUCUCGGUCAGCAGCUCUGCCCAGGCAGUCUCCCACUGGCUCUACAGCAGUGAGGUGGACAAGGCCGCCCAGUCUCUCCUCGACCGGCCCGACAUUGGAGGUGUCCAAAGCCUCUACAGCUGGAGGUCUCUCGAGCCGCGAAAAGACCAUUACGAUUUCUCGGCCAUUGCCCGCGAUGUCAACAUCACCGCAUCCAAAGGCAAGCAGCUAUGGAUUCAAAUCCAGGACCGGUCUUUCAGCAUCGCCCGCGAUCCUGUACCAGACUACCUCCACCAUCCGAUCUACAACAAUGGCAGCGUACCCCAGUGCGACGGGGACGACUGCGAACACAACUUCAUACCCGGUGGAUGGGCUACAGCACAAUGGAACCCCCAUGUGCGGGCUCGCUUCCAGCGUCUCCUAAAGGCUUUGGCGUCUAGAUUUGACGGCCAAGUCUAUGGUAUCAACCUCCCCGAGACUGCGAUUGAAGUCCAGUCCAACAAUACCCGCACAAACUUCACCUGCCAGGGGUACUUUGAGGGGGAGCUUGACAAUGCACGCUAUGCGGCCAGCGUGUUCAAUCACUCCUACGCGGUGCAAUAUGUGAACUUCUGGCCGUGUGGAUGGAACAACCAAAAUGGGUACCUGCGCCGCUCGUUCGAGUUUUUCGCUGAGCAUGGUAUUGGCGUUGGAGGUCCUGAUAAUAUCCCUUAUAAGAAAACCAUGGAGAAGAAUGCGUAUCCGUACAUGUCGGAGUAUCGAGAUCGGGUUCCGAUUAAUGUGGUUGCUGUACAGGAACCGGAUCUUGCUGCUAUCAACCCCAAUACGAGCAAGCCUUUCACCAAGGAUGAGUUUACAGACUUUGCAGUAAAUCGCUUGGGGGUGAAGAUUAUCUUUUGGGCUCUAUCUGCUCCGUGGUUGAGCCAGUAA